UUCAACCUUGAUAAAAAAAGAGGUAUGGCAGACGUUUUCCUGUAGGCUAUCGGGAGGAAGGGAGAGGAUCGUUUUAAAAAAGUUGUAAUAUUAUUUGAUUAAACCCCUAUUUCCGUCGUUAAACAUAAAUGAUUUAAGUUGAUUGUUAUUAACUGACAGUCCUGGAUGUUGGUGCUGGACCACUUAUUAUCAACGGCAUGAAAUGGCCACCUCUGAUCAACCUGAUGGAUGGAACCAAGAGGUUGAAGUAGUAAAGAAUGAUUCCUCAAAUGGAUUAGGUCGUCAUGAUUCUUACAAUAUUCUAAAAUCAUUUGGCCAGUGUUUUGAUUCUGGAGUUGUCUUGUUGGCUACUAAGAAAAGUUCAUAUCAAUCAGAUCAAUCAUUUUUGGCAGUGAGGAAGUAUAAUCUGGAAGACUGUCGCAAAGAAAUUUGUCGCUUUCUUAAGGAAAUUUGGCUGAUGAGAAACUUAAGUCAUGAAAACCUGCUGACAUGUAUUGAUAGUUAUGUUAUUGGACACAGCUUGUGUAUUGUCACCCCACUUGUUGAUUAUGGGUCAGCUUUGGAUCUCAUCCAGACACAUUUUAGCAAUGGAUUUCCAGAAGUUGUUAUUGCAGGGAUUUUACGUGACGUUCUUCAUGCUCUGGUCUACUUACAUUCAAAAGGCUACAUCCAUAGAAGUGUCAAGGCCAGUCAUAUUUUGAUAUCAUCAAAGGGACAAGUCAUGUUGACAGGUUUAAGGGAUGCUUAUUGCAUAGUCGAAAAAGGGCGUUGGCAAACGGCCGUCUUUGACUACCCCAUCGAUGCUGAACAGAACUUUUGCUGGUUGAGUCCUGAAGUACUACAACAGAACUUACGUGGCUACUGUGAAAAGUCCGACAUCUACAGCCUUGGUAUAACGGCCUGCGAGUUAGCAAACGGUGUUGCUCCCUUUGUUGAUUUACCUUCAACUCAAUUACUUAUCAAUAAGCUCAAUGGCCCCCCUCCUCAGAUCUGGGAUUGCACCACAGUUCCUCCUCCCGAACACCGAAUUAUUCUACCUAAUCAGCCUGCAGAUUCUGGUGUUUUCGAUGGAGUCACGGCUUGCAGCAACAUUGACGCAAGACUGGAAGCUGCAUACCAACGAACUUUUUCUCGAUCAUUUCACCGCUUCACAAUGCUAUGUGUACAACUAGAUCCUGGACUUAGACCAGGUUCUACGCAGUUAUUGAAGCAUCCCUUCAUUCAGUCCAUCCGAAAAGGUUCAGUAGCCAACUGGCUGGAGUAUCUGACCUUAAUCUCCAUCCCCACAAUACAGAACUUGUCAAAAAGUCCUACAAUAGAAAACGAACCAACAUUCAACAGUGCCCAACUGGAAUCUGCAACGUUUACCCACGACGACAAAGAAGAUCAGCGUUUAUCCCGAGAUUCAAUUGCAUGGGAUUUCUAUGAUUGAAAUAAUUUACAGCUAAAAAUUUGUUUGUGUGUUACCUUGUUUUUCUUGUUUUUUUGAGAUUUGUCGCAUAAGAGGAACUGAGAAAUCAACACCAGAACAGUAACACUUCCUUGUCAAAUAACGCGCAUAUUACACAUGUCAUAGCGAACACAA